AUGGGCGUACUCAACGCCGUCUCUGCCAAGACGGACUACUUCAACCGCUGGUUGCUCAGAAUGUCGACCACCGCGUGUCGCUCUACCAGAGGUCCAGUUCGGAGACGACCAACCAGAUCAGCAUCCCUUGGGAGUUUACACGUCGCGCUCAGCUUACCAACGUUCCUUUAUUGGAAGCACCAUGUCCGGAUGGUGCUACAGGAGAUUGCUAAGCAAGCAGUGCUCUGGGUGAUGGCUGGAGCUAAGGCUCUAGGAGAGGUGUGGAAAUACCAGAAAUAUUUGGAGGACGUCAGCAAACUUUCUAAGUGUGAAGUUUUGGUGGUCAGGUUCGCCGGGCAUGCCAUUAAGCUAGCCUUGCUACAUCUUCUUAAGAAAUGCUCUGGUGUGAAAAAGAUCGUGGUGGAUUAUUUGGUUUCGCGUAACAACGAUAAAUGUGGAUGCAUAGCAUGGGAAUGCCAAUGCGAUUCGUGGAUUCUGGGACAUGGGGAAGAAGACAUUGCCAUGGAUUUACUUGAACAUGUAGAAAUAGGGGCACUCACGCCAGCAUAUUACAAGGUGGAAUUCGUUACGAUGCUGUGUCAAUAUAGUGCAACCUUUCAGAACAGGGUCACCGUUACCCUCAUAGAAAACAAACACAGCAAGUAUAUACAGGAGGAGUUACACAUCAUUUGUGUUCCAAAUGACAAACUUGUGAUCAAUGUGCAGUCCACACAAGCUGGCCCGGACUUCAGGGAUUCGCCGCUUUGA